AUGUGUAUGUAUGUUUGUUGCAGAGCAUGGGGAGAGGCUAUUGACAACAUUGUUGAAGAGGUCACAAAAAGACUUCCUCCUUUGCCUCUGUAUAUCGACCGUCCACUUGGAUGUGAUUCUGAACUUGAGGAGGCAAAAUCACUUCUAGAGAUCGAUUCAUCUCAUGCUACCUGUUUGAUGCUGGGAAUUCAUGGAGAUGGUGACCUAAGUCAAUUUGUUGCGGAGUUGUAUAACAAGAUUAGGUGUAACUUUUCAACUGCAAGUUUUCUUUCCGGUAUCAGUAAGAAAACAAAUGCAAGUGGCGGUGGCCUGGAAGAUCUACAAAAAACGCUUCUUUCUGAGAUGAAAGAGAAGGUAAAGAAUAAGAUCGGAAGCACAUUCAGUGGUUCUUUUGAAAUAAAACGAAGACUAGGACGAAAAAGAGUUCUUCUGGUUUUGGAUGAUGUUGAUAGUAUACAACAACUGGAUUCACUAGCUAGAAGAACUGAUUGGUUUGGUCCUGGUAGUAGGAUCAUUAUAACAACAAGAUAUGAAGAUGUGCUAGAUGAUCAUAUUUUGAACAAUGGUGUUGAGGUUAAGAAAUAUUGCAUCGCCGAAGGAAGUAGUUCUACUGUGAAGGAAGAAAAUGUAGUGGGAUUGGAGAAAGAUUGUGAAAUUGUGAUUCACCAACUCAAGGAAGAAGAUUCUCCUGGGAAUGUUGUUUCUAUUGUUGGCAUGGGUGGGUUAGGCAAGACUACCCUUGCUCGAAAGAUCUACAAUAGCGAUGAGGUGAAGAUGUUAUUCCCUUGCCGUGCAUGGGCAACUGUUUCUAAGGAUUACAGUGGAAAGGAAGUUUUUAAGAGCCUUUUCAAGUGUCUGAAGCCAUCUGCAUCUAAAUUGGAAGAUUCAAGUAGUGAAGAGGAGCUAAAGCAGAAGGUGAAGAAAUGUCUGGAAGGAAAAAAGUACUUGGUAGUCCUUGAUGAUGUCUGGGAUAGUAAAGCAUGGCGCACUAUAAAGAAUUGUUUCCCAGAAAACAACAACGGUGGCAUGAUACUAGUAACUACUCGUAAUGAUCAGGUGGCUUAUGCUUCAGAGUCAAAGGAACCUCAUCACAACCUUUCCUUUAUGGAUAAGGAAAGAAGUUGGGAACUGUUUCACAAGGAGGUUUUCUGCAGAAGAAACUGUCCUCCUGAGCUAGAAUCUAUUGGCAGAUCAAUUGUUGAAACUUGCAAAGGUCUACCAUUGGCUAUCAAAACCACAGCUGGGCUUGUUGCAAAGAGGGAGAGAUCAGAGGAUGCAUGGGAAGAGAUUAUGAAUUUACUGCCUUAUUGGAGUGUUGCUGAUGAGGAUAGUAGUGAGGAGAUGAUGGAGCUUUUGAAGUUUAGCUAUGAUGAUUUGCCCAACAAAAUGAAGCCAUGCUUUCUAUAUCUUGGGGUGUUUCCUGAAGAUGAAGAGAUUUGGGUGAGAGACUUAAUCCGUCUAUGGAUAGCAGAAGGGUUCAUAGAGCCAAUUCAAACUGGAAGAUCAAAAUCACCACCACAGCUUGAAGAUAUUGGUGAGCAAUACUUGAAGGAGCUAGUGGAUCGUAACUUGGUACAAGUGGCGAACAGGAGGAGUGAUGGCAAAGGCGUGAAAACAUGUCAGAUCCAUGAUCUCUUCCGGGAAUUGUGCAUAUCAGAGAGCAACAAACCUGAUAACAACAAUAACAAUGCUCGUAGACUGUCCUAUCCCGGCAACAUAGGAUCCUAUGCCAGUAUAGUAACAUGUAAUGAAUCAUGCACUUGUUCCUUGUUCAUUUAUCAAGAUGAUAAACAUGUGUGGCCACAUCAUAUUCCAGAAGAUUGCCAAGUUAAUGUGCUAUAUUUUCCAGAUUGGUUCACAGAUGUAAAUAGAGCAGUAACAGAUGAGUAUUUGAAGGGGUUGGUCAAAAGCCUCAGGUUCUUGAAAAUGGGCGUUUCUGAAUCACAUGAGUUAUGUAAAUUUCAGAGUCUAGAAACAUGUGAUAUGACCUAUGUUAUCAAUGGCCUAAGUAUUGGGGGCUUCAAGAAACUGAGACAUCUUCGUAGUGAAUUUGGCGUGAGUUUAUCAGCAGAUGAAGUUGGAGUGAAUGAUAAAAUGCAGAAUCUCCAAACCUUACGUUAUGUGUCUGCCGAUUCACAACUAGGGAGCUUACUUGACAAUGGUUGCUUUCCCAACUUGAGAAAACUGGGGUUAAAAAUAGCUGAAGAACAAGGUUCAACAGAAGAAAACUUGAGGAGACUGCACUGCCUAAGCAAUCUACGUAAGCUGGUACUUAUGUUUGAACAAUGUCGGGCUCCAUUAGAUAGAAUUGCAUUUCCUUCAAAUCUGAUCAAGAUUACCUUGUCAGGUUUUAAGGAUUUGAAAUCUAAAGAUAUGAAUACAUUGGGACAAAUUCCCAACCUUCAAAUUUUGAAAGUGAGAUAUGGAAAUUGUGAGGAAGAAACUCUUAAUUGUGGUACUGCUGGGAGCUUUCUGCGGCUUCAAGUGUUUAUCAUGGAUGGUGUGAAUAUCAGACGUCUGUCAUCAGAAGAAGGUGCGAUGCCUCGUCUUCGCCGUGCGGUCUUCUAUAACUGCCCUGACUUGAAGGAGGUUACUAAACAAAUGCGUUCCUUGGGAAGAAACUUGGAGUUUAUAGAGUAUGUUGAUAAUCGUGGUUUAUCUCUUGGGUAG